AGCAUCGUCUUUGUCCAUGGCCUCGGCGGCGACAGAAUCAAUACCUGCAAGGAGCCACAUGAGACGACAUUCUGGCCAGGAGACCCCGAGCUUCUGCCUACAGACUGCCCUACGGCAAGGAUCGUCUCGUUCGGCUAUAACGCCGACUUUGCCAAGUUCUACCCAGAGAGCUCCGAAACGAUUGCGCCAGAGUUGACCAUCGAUGAUUAUUCAACAGCGCUCCUUGAGGCGCUCAAAAUGUUGCGAGGGGACAAGGACUCGGACCGCCCCAUCAUCUUUGUGGCGCACAGCAUGGGAGGGCUGGUGGUUGCUAACGCGCUCUCUCGGGAUCAUCAAACAGACGCGGCCAAGCAAGCCAUUGCCGAUCACACCAUCGGCGCCCUCUUUCUCGGAACGCCGUUUCUAGGAUCUUCCAAGGCAAAGUAUGCCACAAUUGCCACCGCCAUCUUGAACUGCAUCAUCCCGACUCAGCGGAGCAACGUCAAGGAUCUCGAGGUGCGCUCAAAGAAACUGACAGACAUCUGCGCUGCGUUUGCCAAGUUCCUCAAGGCGAGAGAUCGCUCGCGGGACCUGCCUCACCUAGAGGUGGCCUGCUUCUUCGAGGAGCGCCCGAUGAGCAAGACUGCGGGCUUUGUCGUGCCCAGGGAGUCUGCGACCUGGCUGGGCGUGGACGCGCUGUCAAUCCAGGCCAAUCACGUCAACAUGGCCAAGUUUGAAGACAACUAUGGAACCGACUACAAGACGGUCACUACGAAGCUGAAGGAGUGGGUCAAGGAUAUCGAGAAGAACAAGACGGAGGGCAAAGGAGGAGUGGGAGGGUUAAACCCACAGGUCUGUUAUGUCUCGCCUCUCGAGUACUAA